GUAUCGUCAAAUAGAAGUGAAGGUAAAAAAGGGAAACACACAUACAUUUACAGUCCUACCCUAACUCUGAAUUUUGAAAUAUAAUGGACGGAAAUGGAAACGACGCGCCGGCGAUCGGCAUCGAUCUGGGAACAACGUACUCAUGUGUGGCCGUUUGGAAGCAUGAUCGGAUCGAGAUCAUCCCUAACGAUCAAGGCAACCGAACCACACCGUCUUAUGUUGCUUUCGUUGAUGCAGAGCGUCUGAUAGGUGAUGGCGCCAAAAAUCAAGCACCAAUGAACCCUACUAACACCGUAUUUGAUGCAAAGAGGUUGAUUGGAAGGAGAUUCGGUGAUUCCAAAGUGCAGGAAGACAUGAAGCUGUGGCCGUUCAAGGUCAUUGAAGGGCCUGCCGACACUCCAAAGAUUGUCAUCACAUAUAGAGGUCAAGAGAAGGAGUUUUCGGCUGAAGAAAUUUCUUCAAUGGUUCUUGUCAAGAUGAAAGAAACUGCUGAGGCGUACCUUGGAAAGAUCGUGAAAGAUGCUGUCAUAACUGUCCCUGCUUAUUUCAAUGAUUCACAGCGUCAAGCUACCAAGGAUGCUGGUACUAUUGCUGGAUUAAACGUCAUUCGUAUCAUCAAUGAGCCUACAGCAGCUGCAAUUGCGUAUGGUCUUGACAAUAAGUCUGAUAUUGUUGACAAGAUAAAUGUCCUUGUCUUUGAUCUAGGUGGUGGCACUUUUGAUGUUUCUGUAUUGACUAUAAAGGAAGGUGGAAGUUUUGAGGUGAAAGCUGUUGGUGGUGACACUCAUUUGGGAGGUGAGGAUUUUGAUAAUCGCAUGGUGGAUCACUGUGUUGCGGAAUUCAAAAGGAGAUGGAAUAAGGACAUGAGUGAAAACCAACGGGCAAUGGGGAGGCUGAGAUUUGCUUGUGAGAAAGCAAAAAGGAUCCUCUCAUGUACUACUCGGACAUCAGUUGAAUUGGAUUGCUUGCAUGAGGGCAUUGACUUUUCUUUGAAAUUUACUCAAGCUAAGUUUGAAUAUCUGAACAUGGGUUCGUUUAACAAGUGCAUUGAGACUUUGGAGACAUGUUUAAAUGAUGCUAAGAUGCAAAAAUCAUGUGUAGACCAAGUGAUUCUUGUUGGUGGCUCAACUAGGAUACCAAAGGUCCAGCAUAUGCUGCAGGAUUAUUUUGAUGGCAGAGAGUUAUGCAAGAGUGUGAAUGCUGAUGAGGCUGUUGCGUAUGGUGCGGCUGUUAUGGCUGCAAAGGUAAGCGGUAGCAAUGACAAGAGCCUUCAAACUGUUUUGCUACAUGAUGUCACUCCUCUAUCACUUGGUGUAGAAGUAGCAGGAGAAGUAUUUGAUGUUGUGAUCCCGAGAAAUACUCCAAUACCCACACAUAAUGCCCAACAAUAUCAUACAACUUAUGAUAACCAAACUAUCAUUGGAAUCAAGGUGUAUCAAGGUGAAAGAUCAAAAUCUACAGAUAACCAUUUUCUGGGAAAGUUCGAUAUUUCUGGAAUACCACCAGCUCGCAAAGGAGUAUCUACAGUUAUGGAAUGCUUUGAAAUAGAUGCCAACGGUAUUCUCACAGUUACCGCUGCGAUAAUGUCCACCGGUAAGACAGAAAAACUCGUAAUUUCCAAGGAAAAUGGAAGACUCUCCAAAGAAGAUAUUGAGAAAAUGGUAAGCGAUGCUGACAAGUUCCGACUUGAGGACCAAGAAUUCAAGAAGAAAGCGAAAGCUUACAAUGCAUUAGAGGAUUGCUUAUACAAGAUGAAGAAUAAGAUCGAAGAGUACAAUAUCAAGAAGAGUCUGCGCCCCUCGAUCUUGAAGGAAGUGAAGAAAGCCAUUGAGGAAACGAGCAUCUGGCUCGAGGACAACCAAGCUGCACCUUUUGUUGAGCUUCAUCUUAAGAAGGCACACCUAGAAUUUGUUUGCAAGCCUAUGUUUUAAGUCCCAAAUUAUGGUAGUUGUUGAACAUUGGAAGUGCAACUUGUGUUUAUCUUUUUGUUCCACUUAAUUAAUCUGUUAUUGAAAUCAAAGACAAUCUGCGUUAUGCUUAUCAGACUUCCACUUUUGUUAUGCCUUGUAUGCAUGUAUGGAUAUUAAAUAGUUUGAAAUUUAUAGCA